AUGUCUAAUGAAGAGUAUGACCAUCUUUACAAAAUAAUUUUAGUAGGAGACGCAACUGUAGGUAAAACACAUUUAUUGUCGAGAUAUAUAAGGGGGUCCCUUCCCAGUGUCGCAAAGGCAACAAUUGGUGUUGAAUUUGCUACAAGAACUAUCCCGCUGGCAGUAGGUGGUACAGUAAAGGCGCAGAUAUGGGAUACAGCAGGGCAAGAGAGAUAUAGAAGUAUAACGAGUGCGCAUUAUAGACGAAGUGCGGGAGCAAUAUUAGUAUAUGAUAUAACAAAAAAAAAAUCCUUUUUAAAUAUUUCAAAAUGGCUAGAAGAAAUAAGACAAAAUUCUGAAAAAGACAUUGUAAUUAUGCUUGUGGGAAAUAAGGUAGAUUUAGCAGAGGAAGAUGAAACAAAAAGGAAGGUUACUUACGAACAAGGAGCAAGUUUUGCCAAAGAAAAUAAUUUAUUUUUUUCUGAAGCAUCAGCUGUUUCUAAAUUAAAUGUAAAACAUAUUUUUGAAAAUUUGUUACAAGAAAUAUAUAAUAAUAGACUAAAAGAUAGUAACAGUUGUUCCAGUACUCGAAGUCAUGAAACAUAUGAAAGUGCCAUACAAAUAACUAAUGCAAAAAAUAUAAUAAAAUUAAAUGAUACAAAUGAGAAAUAUAAUGAGAAUAAUCCUAAUCAAAUGAAAUGUUGUUGA